UUGACGUCAUCAAACGGUGUCAGCAGCACACAGUAUGCAAGACGCAGUUCGCAGUUCGCACGUGAAGUCAGAUUUUUCCCGAUAUGUUUUUUUCGCUGUUCGUUGGUGUAAAUGUUGAGCAUUUUUGUAAUAUCUGGACGUACAGGAUCGAGUUAUAAUCGUUCGUACGGCUGAUUUUAGUUUUAACUUGCGUAAGAUCGCGUGUUUACGUGUCGGUUAGUCCGUGUGUGUCUGAUUAUAUCAUCAUGUGUCAGGUUGAUGAGGAGUAUAAUGGUUUGGAGAAUAUUCAGGAGAAGACACCUGUGCCAACGUUAAACAAGACAUGUGUGAAGUGUAAGGGGGAAACUGCAGUGCUCAUCAUACGAGUCAGUGAUGCCUUUUGUCGGUCAUGCUUCAAAGAGUAUUUUAUACACAAAUUUCGUGCCAUGCUGGGAAAGAACCGUGUCAUCUUCCCCCAGGAGAAGGUUCUUCUGGCCGUGUCCGGCGGAUCCGCCUCCUGCGCUAUGCUCUCGCAGGUCCAAGAGGGACUCGGUCGGGAAGCUCCCAAAAAGCUGAGAUUUGUGCCUGGAAUCAUAUACAUAGAUGAGGGCGGAGCAUGUGGUCUGAGUUCAGAUGAGAGGCAGAGAUCUGUCACUCAACUAAAGAAGAUCUUUACGGAGACGGGCUUUCCUUAUUUCAUAUUACCUCUGGAGCAGGUUUUCAGUCUGCCCACUUCUGUCCUGGUGCCCAGGACAUCUGAUCCGGACCGGUCUGAUGCCAGCUAUAAAGAGGCAGUGGAUGGGUUUAUAAGAGAGAAACAGGAAGUGACGAGCGGUGUGGAUCAGCUCAGAUUAGAUGAUUCUGCGUGCUCACCUGAACACACGCUGUCAUUACACAGACUCUUCUCAUCCAUCAAAACACUCACAGCUAAAGAGGACAUGCUGCACACGUUAAGACAGCACCUGAUCCUGCACACGGCCCGUGUCAACGGUUACUCAAAGGUCAUGAUGGGCGACAGCUGUUCACGUCUGGCCGUAAAGCUGCUCAGUAACAUCGCUCUGGGUCGUGGAGCGGCGCUGGCAUCAGACACCGGUUUCUCAGACGCGCGGUACGGGGACGUGGUGAUCGUGCGGCCCAUGAGAGACUAUUCAUCUAAAGAGAUCAUCUUCUACAGCAGGAUGUUUAAUGUGAUCUCGGUGUUUACUCCCAGCCUGGACACCAAAACUCAUAAUAAUGCCAGUAUGCAGCGUCUAACAGAGAGUUUCGUCACCAAGCUGCAGUCAGAUUUUCCCUCGACUGUUAGCACCAUCUACAGAACAAGUGAGAAGCUUCGUACGGCUUUACCUCAACAGAGUCAAGAACCCGCCUCCAAGUGUUUGCUAUGUCUCUGUGCUAUAGACACUAAUGUGGAUGAAGCGUCCGCCUUCCAUGCUACUCUGGUGUCCGAGCGGUUGUCUCAGAUCAAACCUCAGGAAUCUUCUGAUGGCCUGAACGCUGCAAGGUGUUGUGCUGAAGGUCAGGGCUGUGGAUCCACAGGCUCGUGCUCCUACAACAGGUCUCUUCUGUAUGAGGACUUGAAGACUCUUUUGUGUUACAGCUGUAGACUCACUGUCAAAGAUGUGGAAGCAGUAAACACACUGCCGCCGUACAUAGCAACAGAAGCUGAGAAACGUGAGACACGAUCUCGCAUGAAAAUGCAAAUCAGCGAAUAUCUUUUGAAUGAUGAUGAUGAUGAUGAUGAAUAGCAUGUUUGGAUUGAAUGUAAAAGGAUUUAUUUCUACACGAGAUGUUCUCAUUUCUGCUUUUAUAAUGCAUCUCUGGAUUCUUCUUUGACGUAAUAGUUGUUAAAAUUCUAUUUAAACCAUUUACUUUGUCAUUUCUAAGUGAAUAAAACAUUUCAGAACAUUAAAC